AUGGUUCGUAACGGGUGGGGAAAAAAAUAACGCACUCGUCUCGCGCAGAGUGUGAAAGGCAGGGACGGAAGAUGGAGGAAAACCGUUAGACUGCCCGAAACAGACUUUUACCUGAGCUGAGUGAAGCCUGGCCUGGGGGGGAGAUGAAGCUGUGUAUGUAGAAGCCCACCUGUUCAGCCAUGAGCCAUCAGGAGGCGCCACUGGGCCAGGAUCUGAGUGAGGCUGCCGAGGCUGACCUGGAGCGGCGGGGCCCCGAGGGCCAGCAGCCACCGUCCCACCGCAGACGGCACGACAACUCGGGCCGGUCCCGCAACCACCACAAUGGGCAUGGUGGAGAAAACUCCCAUGGCCAGUCUGGAUCCCAGCGCUACCGCAGGUACGAGGGCUCGGAGGGGGGCGGACGGCAACGCACCUCCCGCAGAACUCCUGAAGAGGGUGAAGCGGAACAGCAGCGCACACAGCAGCCAAUACCACGGCCUGCAGUAACACGCUACCGCCGGCAGGGUGACGCAGAGGCACGGCUGCGGGCACAGCAACAGAGACAGAGGCAGAGAGAGAGGCAGCAGAGGGAGGCAGAGAGGGCGGAGCAACAGAGGCUAGAGCAGCUGGAGCAGCAGCAGCAACAGCCUGGAGAGCCUGAGGAGGAUGAGGAGGAUGGCAGCGCUUUGGCCCGCUCUGCCAGCACUGAGAGUGGUUUCCACAAUCACACAGACCGGGCUGAGGGUGACGUAGUCAUGGCCUCAGAGGCGGAGCCUGAGGAUGAGACCACUUAUGGAGUCCCACUGCGACCUGAGGCUGAGGAGUAUACUGAAAGCGCAGAGUCAGAGCAGCAGCCUGCAGGACCAGCCCAUGCACAGCCACAGUAUCCCCCUCAACCACCACCGCUGCCCCGUGAACCAUUGCCAAACACAGAGCGGCCCCCAAGGCACGAUGCCGAGGCUCUCAACCCCAACUACUCUAAUUAUGUUUACACACAGCCGCUGUACCGCAGCCCAGGCCGUGAGGGCCAAGCCCAAGGUGAAGACGAGCCCUAUUCUGAGCCUUAUGCUGACUACGCCGUCCAGGAGCAUGUGUAUGAGGAGAUCCCAGAAGCCCCUGGAACACAGGCUGAGGGACAGACCCCCCAACAGCGGCAGAGGCCUGGCUUCCGGCUAUUUGAGCGCGAUUCAUACAGGCAACAGGAAGCCGUGGGCUCCAGGUUACACCACUACGACGAGCGAUCUGACGGAGAGUCAGACAGCCCAGAGAAGGAGGCAGAAUUUGCUCCGUACCCACGUGCCGACAGCUGCGAGCAGGAUGAGGACAUUGACCAGAUUGUGGCAGAGGUGAAGGAGAGCCUGAGCUCUCAUAGCUUGGAGCGUGCAGCGGCAGGCUCAGGCAGGGAAGAGGAAGAAGAGGACGAGUGGCCUGAAUCUGAACACCGCAUUAAAGCAGAGACAGAGGACAACAAGCUCCAAGAGUCCCCAGGUGAGGAAGGGAAAGGAGAGGAGGGUAGGACCCCUGUAAGCAGCCCUUCCGAAGAUCCAGCUUUAGCAAAGAACAGCCGGCAGAAGAGGGAUGCCAUCUCUUUGGCUAUCAAGGACAUCAAGGAGGCUAUUGAGGAGGUGAAGACCAGAACAGUGCGCUCACCGUAUACACCUGAUGAGCCCAAAGAACCCAUCUGGGUGAUGAGGCAGGACCUAAGCCCCACUGUGGAGUCAGACCUACAGCCAUCACUAGGGGGAGAUUCCCCGGGGUCAGGCUCCACCUCUCCACAGGGGGCGGAGUCUUCCAGCCAACAACUGCCACUGCAGGAGGGGAGUGACAGCUUGGAGUCCCCGUCACCUGCCAGUAAAGAGUCAAGGAGGAGUCUUGCCUCAUUCCCAACAUAUGUGGAAGUUCCAGGUCCUUGUGACCCAGAGGACCUUAUCGAUGGCAUCAUCUUCGCUGCUAACUACUUGGGUUCUACACAGCUUCUCUCAGACAAGACACCCUCAAAAAAUGUGCGCAUGAUGCAAGCCCAGGAGGCGGUCAGUCGCAUAAAGCAGACGGCCCAGAAAUUAGCCAAAAACAGGAAGAAGCAGGCCCCUGAAGGUGAAGCUCAACCCAUGACUGAGGUGGACCUCUUUAUUUCCACUCAGAGAAUAAAAGUGCUGAAUGCAGACUCCCAGGAAACCAUGAUGGACCACCCCUUGAGGACCAUCUCGUACAUUGCAGACAUCGGGAACAUAGUGGUACUGAUGGCUAGGCGGAGAAUGCCUCGCUCCGACUCUCAGGAGAAUAUGGAGGCGUCUGACCCAGCACAGGAUGAGAAGCGGCAGUACAAGAUGAUCUGUCACGUGUUUGAGUCUGAAGAUGCCCAGCUCAUAGCACAGUCCAUUGGCCAGGCUUUCAGUGUAGCAUACCAAGAAUUCCUGCGUGCCAAUGGCAUAAACCCUGAAGACCUGAGCCAGAAAGAGUACAGUGACCUCCUUAACACGCAGGACAUGUACAACGAUGACCUCAUACACUUCUCCAAGUCUGAGAACUGUAAAGAUGUUUACAUUGAGAAGCAGAAGGGUGAGAUCUUAGGUGUGGUGAUUGUAGAGUCAGGCUGGGGCUCUAUCCUUCCCACAGUUAUUAUUGCUAAUAUGAUGCAUGCUGGACCUGCGGAAAAAUCAGGAAGACUGAAUAUUGGAGAUCAGAUUAUGUCUAUCAACGGCACCAGCCUCGUUGGGCUCCCUCUCUCCACUUGUCAAAGCAUCAUUAAGGGGCUGAAGAACCAGUCCAGAAUCAAGCUGAACAUUGUAAGGUGCCCACCAGUCACCACCGUUCUCAUCAGAAGACCAGACCUAAGAUACCAGCUGGGCUUCAGUGUGCAAAAUGGCAUUAUUUGCAGCCUUAUGAGAGGGGGAAUAGCUGAACGAGGUGGGGUCCGCGUGGGUCACCGCAUCAUUGAGAUCAAUGGCCAGAGUGUGGUGGCCACUCCUCAUGAGAAGAUUGUACACAUCCUGUCAAAUGCAGUUGGCGAGAUUCACAUGAAGACUAUGCCUGCUGCCAUGUACCGCUUGUUGACAGCCCAGGAGCAACCAGUUUACAUUUAAAGCCACAGUACUAUCCUCAACCUGACCUAUCCUCAACUCACCUAACCUUUAUCCUUCUCUGAACUCUGAUGGACCGGAGACUGAAUGAUUGAACUAAGCUCUAUCAACCAUGACCACUAUUUUCCAUGAAGCUCUACUUUCUCCUUCCUGCCUUCCCCCUUCUUUCUCUCACUUUCCCUCAGCGCAGUGGUGUUUUGCUUCAAUGUGUUGAACAUGUGUUUCUGCACAUGUCUGCCCGUCCAGUUGGAAAAUAAAGAUGGAGAGAGAGAAAGAGACAGAAAGACAGAAUGAAGGAGAGCUCACUUUUUGGGGGAAUGACUUACAUGCCUGUGGCCCUUGUAAAUGGCCCUGUUCUAUGAUCCCUAUUUACUCCCUGUGUGAAAGUUCUCUGGAUCUGCGUUUUUGGCCGUGAGGUGUGUGGCUGAAUGCAGUGCUGCUGUUGUUCUCCAUGGAAAAAUUCAGAUGGUGCUUCUUUUUUUCUUUUACACUUCUCCUUUUUUCCCCUGUUAUUUAUUUGUACCUGGCAACCAUCAAGCAUUCCAGCUUCAUUGUGUUCCACUGCAGGUUUUUAAAGGGCAGCUGUUAGAGGAAGAGUGUGGAGAAAUGGACCAAAAAUGUGAGAACUGUUCUCCAAGUGUGCAUUCCUUAGAAUAAUGAGUAAUUAGAGUAAGCAAGAUAAACAAGGCUCUGUGGGUGAGAAGAAAUGAAGUGAAUUGCAAACAGUGCACAACAUACAGUGUGGGUACUAUUAAUGCCUUAACAAAAUCAGGAUGCCAUAUGUUGAAAGAGCAUGAUUUAUUAUAGAGGAGCUGAUUGAAUAGAAUGCUGACCUCUGGAUUUGGUAUUGGGAUUUAAUGACCUAAUUAUUAAAAAUGAACUAAAUUAAUUUCAGCGAUUCAGAUUUGAGAUCAUCUGUGAUUUAUUGUGUAGAAUUUACUUACGAAAACUGAAUUUGAAUUUAGUUUUCUAAAAGUCGUUUUAGUAGUUUUGGCUGAUGUGAAAUUUACUGUAAUAUUUUGUGGUGAAAAGACUGAUUUCUGCUGUAUCCUGGUGUACAGAACACAUUUUUGUGUUUUAUCUGUUUUUCUAUUUUUCUUACAGAUCCUUCAUAUUUAAGGAUUACACUGCUAUUUUAUUUUGUUCACAUUUGUAUUUUAUUUUAGUUUAGUUUGAGAAAUUUAUACUUGAAAAUCAAAAAGCGUUAUAUGAAGAAACCUCUGUUUGUAGAGUUAUAAGGCGUAUACUGAAUUUUCCUUGAGAUAUUUUUAACAGACUUUUUUUCAUUAUAGGUUUUGUGCUACAAUUCUAACAGCAUUGGAACAUUAUUGAAGUUUAUGGUUACGUGCAUUAUUAGUUUAUUUACUGGUAUUUAUUUUUUCAGUAUAAUAUAUUAAGCCCACCACCACACCACCUGGCUGUUAUAAACAGCAGGUAUUUAAAGUGCAUUUCCAGAGCAAUUUGCCUGAGUUUAAUCUAGGUCUGUGGGCUAAUCUCACAAGCUCUUUCAGGGAACUCGGCUCAAGGGAAUAGUCUAUUAUAGAUUAUAUCUAAUCAGUCUGCAGAGAAAGACAACUGUAACAAAUUGAUUGAGGAGAUAAGCACAGGAUUCUUUUACUAAAUGUGCAUCAAAAGCUUGGCCUGUCAUUGGGCUUCAACAGCACAACAUAUUAAUAGGAAGUUUAUUGGUAGUAGGGGGGGUAUAAUGGUACACAGAGGUCACAGUUCGGUUUGCACAGCAGUUUGGAAUCACAGGUAGGCAUUAGAAAACAUUUUAAUCAAUGUAUUACUUUAUAACUUUUUAUACAGUCUGUAGUGUGUUGAUUAGAAAGCACAGUGUUAAUAAUAGCAUGUUUGUUAUCCAUGUCCAGUCCAUCAUGAUUUCUUUAAGACAGAAUAUCGGUAACACACUUAUUUAUUUUUAGCCAUUUUAAAUUAAAAAAUGAGAACAGUGAGAGAAAAAGAAUAACACAGAUAAAACAAGCAUCUGAUUGGCUUUUGCUAAAUGUGACAGCAAGAGGGAGAGAAACGAGAGAGAAAAGGAGGAGGAGGAAAGGCAGGGAGGACAAACAAGACAACAGUAACCAUAGAUAUAUUCUUAAACCACUACAUUUCCCACAAUACUAUUCAAA